CACCGCCGAGCGUGCCGCGAGAGCUCCACGAGCGCGCAAGGAUACAGCGCGCGAGAGAACGAGAAAAAGAGAGAGAGAGAGAGAGAGAGAGAGGGAAAGAAAGACCGAUCAGAGGAGACAGUGACGGAAGGAGAAAAAGCGAGAUAGCCAAAGAGGGUGGGAGAGACAGAGACGAAGAGGAAAGAGGAAGAGAAGAGAGAGAACGAGCACCUCCUCCGCCGCCUUCGGGUCUGCCUUGUGUCCGCCCGUCUGUGUGUAGCGAUCAGGAGGACGGGCUAACCGGGCCGUCUGUCUGGCCCUUCGACACGCGGUGCGUCGACAGGCUGGCCGACGACGAGCUUAGCGGCGCGGUUUCAGCACGAUAUUGCUGAGCCGCACGUCGUCGCCGCUGAGACUGACGAGAACGAACUCGGAGACACCGCUCUCUCGGAGGCGAGAACGAAGAAAGGAUCGGAGGUGAAGCAACCCCUGGGAGCAUCCGGGAAACCUGCAGAUUUGAUCGAAAGAUAGAGAAGAGGAGGAGGAGAAGGAGGAAGAGGAGGAGGACCCCAGGCCGGCACGAUGCGGCCCAGGGCCGCGGUGACGUCAAGAAUCAUCGGCGACGCGAAUCACGGAAUCCCGCUUGUCCUGCGAAUCACCUGCGUCCUUGCCCUACUGGUGCACGCCGCCACGUGGAUACCGAUCGCCGAGGCUGUGAUCUGCAGAGACUCGUACAAAUGCAAUUGUAAGGGAAUAAAAGGGCAGCCAGGAUUUCCUGGAAUACCUGGGCCUCAAGGACCGGAAGGACUCCCAGGUGAUAUCGGACCCGACGGACCUCCCGGACCCAAAGGCGAGAAAGGAGCAGCAGGAGAAUAUGGAGCCACCGGAGAGAAGGGCUACCGAGGCGAUGAUGGUAUACAAGGAUUUAUGGGAGUUGCAGGACUUUCCGGUAAUCCUGGUGUAUCCGGUGUGAUGGGUCCGGAUGGACUGGACGGAUGCAACGGAACCGACGGUCGUGCUGGUGCACCCGGUAUACCCGGAGUUUUCGGGCCUCGUGGUGUACCAGGUCCCUCGGGCGAUUAUGGUUUCCCGGGAGAGCCGGGUGAUGGAGGUAUAAAUUCGGUCGGUGCCAAAGGAAUUCGCGGUAAUCCCGGUAUCGAUGGUUUGGAGGGUUAUCAAGGACAGCAGGGGCUCACCGGCGACAUGGGUUAUCCAGGAGACACAGGUGACUUUGGUUUACCAGGUUCACCUGGCUUGCCAGGUAUGCAAGGUGAACGCGGUGACACCGUGUACGGUGUGAACGGUCAACUUGGCGAACAAGGAGACAGAGGAGAGCCUGGACCACCGGGUAAAGAUGAGUACAAGAAGAAUACGGAACAUUCGCCUGUGAAAGGACCGCAGGGUGCAAAAGGCAUGAAGGGUUUCUAUGGUGAUCGAGGUCGCAAGGGAGAAUUGGGCGCCAAAGGUCCACAGGGUCGACCAGGAUUCUUGGGUAUCAAAGGUAUAAAAGGUGAACAAGGUGAUGAUGGACCAAGAGGUAAGCAAGGUGUCGGGGGUCCGCCAGGUCCGGCUGAUGAAAAAGGAGAGAAGGGAGCUCCAGGAUUUGCUGGAUUGCCUGGUCCGGAUGGAGAUGAUGGAGAACCAGGGGAAGAAGGAAAUCGAGGUCCACCUGGUAGACAAGGAGCUGAAGGAGAACUCGGACAAUACAUCCCAGAACUUGAUGAGAUAAUCGCCGGAAAUAUCGGGAUUCAAGGCGAUCUUGGUCCCCCAGGCGAACCAGGCGAAACAGGAACACCGGGUUUGCCAGGAAAGGUCGGUUUCAUAGGACCGCCAGGACCACCAGGACUUCCAGGUAACCCUGGUUUCGCAGGAGUGAAAGGCUCAUCUAUAAAAGGAGAACAAGGAGAUGAUGGUUUAUCAGGACCUGUGGGACCUCAAGGAUCUUCCGGAUUACCCGGCUUACCCGGAAUUAUGGGUGCCAAAGGAUUUCCGGGAGUAACGAUAACUGGACCACCGGGACCGGACGGCAAUCCAGGUCUUCCAGGAUUAUCAGGCCCGCCUGGCGAUCGAGGUGAUCCUGGUCCUCCGGGAGAAAAAGGUUUUCCUGGAAAAGGAAUAAGAAUUCGUGGCCCACCUGGAGAACGUGGUCUACCUGGAACACCUGGUAUUUCUGGUCCUGACGGCUGGCCUGGCUUUACCGGCCCUAAGGGUACCAAAGGUAUUCGAGGAGAUGACUGCGGCGUAUGUGUCCCAGGUUUGCCCGGUGAGAAAGGACAACGUGGUGAAUCUGGUUUGGAUGGAUAUCCUGGAACUACGGGAUUCUCUGGACUACCCGGUCCUCGAGGAUUAAAGGGAGUACUAGGAAAACGAGGUGUGCCAGGACCAGCGGGGCUUGAGGGUGAUAAUGGAAGACCUGGUAUUGCGGGAGUUCAAGGACCUAAAGGAGAACAAGGAAAGAUAUUCUUCCCACCAGGUGAGAGUAUUGUAAGUCCACCGGGUGACUUCGGUGAGAAAGGCUUACCUGGCCCCGAAGGAAUUAGAGGUCUACGAGGACAACCAGGACCUAUUGGCGACACCGGUGUACCGGGACCUAAAGGAGAUAAGGGUGAACAUGGUUCUCCUGGAUUAUCGGGAAAAGAUGGUUUGCCAGGAUGGGAUGGUAUUCCUGGCGAAAAAGGUGAAGAUGCUUCGAUACCAAUCGAAUUCUUACGCGGAGAUCCGGGAUAUCCGGGAGAGGAAGGAAUCAAAGGAAUACAAGGAGAUAAGGGUAAUAAAGGAGAACCUGGUGUGUCUGCAGAAUAUAUCGCAGAUAGUCAAGGUGACAAGGGCUACAAAGGUGAUAGAGGAGCUCCUGGCGAGAAUGGUUUCAAAGGUUUCGAAGGACGUUCUGGCGAUGAAGGUCUACUAGGAUUGCCUGGUGAGCCUGGCUCUCCAGGAAUUUCGCUUCAAGGUCCUAUAGGUUUAAAAGGAUACCCCGGAAUGCCAGGAGAUCAGGGACUUCGAGGCACAUCAGGCUCACCUGGAUUACAGGGGCCAGUAGGUUUUCCAGGUCGCAUCGGCAAUAAAGGUGAACGAGGAGAACCAGGAUCAAAUUUAACAUAUGGCGAAAUUGGAGAACGCGGAUGGUACGGUCCAAAAGGUGAUUUUGGUGAUGCUGGUCCACAAGGAUUACGUGGCCGAACGGGAGAAGAUGGUGUGAAAGGUAUCAAGGGUGCUAAAGGAGCACCUGGUUACGAAGGAUUGUCUGGACUUGAAGGAGCCAAAGGUCAACAUGGAGAUAGUAUACAAGGUGACCGUGGAUUCCCGGGUCAACCUGGAAUGCCUGGAAUGUCCGGAAGAAUCGGAGACGUCGGUAUCCGUGGCCCUGAUGGUCCUUCUGGUUUUGAUGGAAUGAAAGGUCUGAAAGGGGAAAUCGGUUUUAUCGGACGACGUGGUGACGAUGGCGAUAUAGGACCUCAAGGAUAUCAAGGGAUGCAUGGUGCACAAGGUCUACCAGGUGCUCCAGGAGAAAAGGGUGAUGUCGGUGAGAGCGGCGAUUCGGGAUCACGCGGUUGGCCUGGUGUCAAGGGUAUAGACGGAGCAUCUGGUUCUAAAGGAGAGGUAGGAGACGCCGGAGUUCCUGGUUUCUCAGGAGUGCCAGGCUUGCCUGGAUUCAAAGGUAUCACUGGUGAUGCUGGUCCCGAAGGAUUAUCGGGAAUCCCUGGCGAAAAUUCCUUCAGCGGUCCUCAAGGUGACGUGGGUGAACAUGGUUUUAUGGGGGAACUUGGACCGCCCGGUCUGGCUGGAUUCGACGGACGACCGGGUUUACCGGGAGAACCAGGAUUAGCCACUGACGGUUUCAAUGGUCUACAAGGACAGAAAGGUGAACCUGGAUUCGAUGGAUACAAUGGUAGAGAGGGACCAAAGGGAGAAAUUGGUGAUAUGGGUCCUGAUGGAUUAAAAGGCGAACAAGGUGAGCAAGGCUUCCCAGGAAGAUCAGGCGCGCACGGAAUAUCUGGACGACAUGGUGCGAAAGGUGAAAGAGGCCUGAUUGGACCACCUGGAUUCGAUGGUUUGAAAGGAAAAUCAGGUCUCGAUGGUGAUCCGGGUAUAAUGGGUAGACCAGGUAAAUAUUAUAAUCAACUAUUUUAUUAACAAAUUACAAUACAUUUUAUGUCAGCUCCUGGACCGAAAGGUCAUGUAGGUGAACCUGGUUUACCAUCUUACGCGUUCGCAGAGAAGGGUGAUUUUGGUAAUCGCGGUCACGAUGGUUUCUCUGGUGUGAAAGGACAACCAGGCGAACCAGGAUAUAUUGGCGUACCUGGUCGUAAGGGUCAAAUUGGAGACAGAGGAUAUCCAGGUCCUGACGGUUUUCUAGGAUUACCUGGUUUCCCUGGUCUACCGGGUGAUCAAGGACCUCACGGAGCUCCAGGAUUGCCCGGUGAAUUCGCUGAACCAGGUGAACCUGGCCGCGCUGGUCUUGAUGGUAUGCCUGGUAUUCCAGGACGUGCAGGACAAAAAGGAGCUCCUGGUGAAUAUGGUCCGAACGGACCUAAGGGAAUCUCUGGUGACAUAGGUCACAGCCUUCGUGGUCCUAAAGGAAUAGUCGGAGAGCCAGGUCUGCGAGGAUUCGUCGGCUUCCCAGGUGCACCAGGUUUAGAAGGAUUUCAAGGCUUCCUUGGAGCACCAGGACCGAAAGGUUUCCGUGGAGAACCGGGAAUAUCUGCAGACAGCGCUAAAGGACAACCUGGAGAACCUGGAUGGCGUGGAUUAGAUGGUCGAACUGGACUGAAGGGAAUGAGAGGUGACUCUGGUUUAUCUGGUAUUGAUGGUUUGCCAGGACAGAAAGGAGAAAGAGGAGAAACCGGUGAAACUGGUCUUCCUGGGCUGCUUGGUCCUGAAGGACCAAAGGGAUCGAAAGGACAACCUGGCAUAAAUCCUUUUCCGCCAUUCCCGAGACGAGGAUUGCCCGGUGACAUAGGAGUAUCCGGAUUACCAGGUUUCCCUGGACUACAGGGAAUGAUAGGUGAGCCUGGCAAGGACGGUCUGCCAGGUCGACAGGGUGAGACAGGAAUGAUUGGAAUUCCUGGAUUGCAAGGACCGGAUGGUAAAGAUGGACCUCCUGGAUAUCAAGGAUCUCGCGGACCUACGGGACGACAAGGAAAACAAGGUUUCCCCGGUGCACCUGGAUUACCUGCGCCAAAUGGAAUUGGUCCAAGAGAUAGAGGAUUCUAUUUUGCUCGUCACUCACAAUCCGAAAUGAUACCGGUCUGUCCAAGAAAUACCGUAAAGAUCUGGGAAGGAUUUUCGUUAUUGCAUAUCAUGGGUAAUGGACGAGCUUACGCACAGGAUCUUGGCGCUGCUGGUAGUUGCGUCAGGAAGUUUUCCACUAUGCCUUUCCUGUUCUGCAAUCUAAACAACGUGUGUGAUUAUGCCAAUCGCAAUGACUACAGUUACUGGCUCAGUACAACCGAGCCUAUGCCGAUGAUGAUGACACCAAUACCGGCUCCAGAAGUUGGUAGAUAUUUAUCGAGAUGUUCAGUGUGCGAAGCACCGACUAGGGUAAUAGCCGUUCACAGUCAAUCUAUGGCAAUACCCGAGUGUCCGGGUGGCUGGGAAGAAAUCUGGGUUGGAUACAGUUUCCUCAUGCACAGAGAUGCAGGUGCAGAUGGUGGUGGUCAGUCUCUAGUCUCGCCCGGAUCCUGCUUAGAGGAAUUCCGUGUCAGACCGUUUAUUGAAUGUCGUGGCCUUGGUAGUUGUAAUUAUUUCUCUACGGCAACAUCGUACUGGUUAGCGACCAUUCAUGACGACGAGAUGUUCCGUAAACCGCUGCAACAGACGCUCAAAGCCGAUCAUACGUCCCGAGUGAGUCGCUGCGCCGUGUGCCUCCGCCGAAGGGUCACCGAGGUUUUAAAGCCUUUCACAUCUAACAACGAACGAGCCCCCAAUAAUUGGGGCAUUAUACCACCACCUCGCCAAUUACCGCCUGACUACGAGUCCUCCAGGAUACCGCCUAAUCCGUGGGCUACCCAUACUCGAGGAAGACCAUAUUCGAACAGACGUGUACCCCAUCACCAACGCAGGAGAGGUCGCGUACGCGGCAGGCACUGGGAAUCGGCAGAGUCUUUAAACAACGUGUAGGCGCAGCAUAAAUCGCGCAUAAAUAUCCAGCGGCAGUGACGUGCAAAGGGCGUAGCAAGCCUAUGUAUAUAAAGAAGCAAAAAAAACUAUUUUAUUCUAUUAGUUAAGUUAUAUCGGCUGGGUGCCUUCGUUCGUAGGCCUUGCAUCGAGUAGAAAACGCGAACGAAUGUUCAAUAACAUAAAGACUCAAGAUUAUGUAAACAACAUGCAGAUAGUUCAGGUUAUUUAAGCUGUUUGGAAAAAAAAUUGUAUGAAUAAACUCCUUUUUAAGUUACAGACCAUUGAAAUUGAAGUAUUGAAUAUGAAACGCAACUUUGAUAAAUUUCUCGAUUAUCAGUACAUUUCUUCCCCGGAACUCUCAACAUGAAAGAAGAAUUGCUUGUCAAAGUAGCUGCUGUUGAAUCAAGACCUGGAUUGCUGCUUAUCUGAAAAUCCUCAUCCAGGACCCUUAAUCGCUCUUGGGAACUCAUCGCUAUAUUCGUUCCCACCCUGUGCAGGUCUACGACCCAUUCUCCCAGCCAUCUCGUCUCUUCCUGCGCGCACGAUAAAAAGCGCCGCCGGCUGCCGUAAAGCCAUAUAACUGCCUUAUGCCAAAUAGAAAAAGAAUCUGUCGCGUCCGGCUAUCACGAAACUGCCAAUAACGUCGUGUUUGCCGGUGCGAUUUACGGGAGAUCACACUAUGAUAAUUAAAUUAACGUUAUGUAUAUUGUAUUGCUAUCGUAACUAUUAUCUAUGUAUUUCGCAGUGAAUAAAGAUCUUUUUGUAUAAGCUAA